AAAACAGCGGAGCAGGAAUCAAAACAAGAGACGGACACGCCUUCGCUCUUAAAGGUUAUAGCAGCUUAUUCCUUAUAGCUGCUGCUGUCAAGAGCUGCACACUAACCCGCCUACCGUCCACGAGGAGCCCCCCCCCCACCACCACCAAAACAACAACACAAAGAGAAAACACUGCAGGAAUGGAGUCCACAGAAAUGUCAGACGGCGGUGACAGCAGCCGCUGAUAGAGGUCGUAAAUAACACUUGGCGGCCGAAUCGCGUAAAAUGCCCAACCAGAAGAACAACAAGGGAAAGAAAAGCAAACGCACGAACAGCAGCGGAGAUGAGCAGGAAAAUGGAGCCUGUGCGGCCCCAGCAGGAGGCGCGGCCGCGGCGUCGGCUGCACCCAGAAACGAUCGCUCAAGUGAGGUCCAGUGUGCGACGCCUCUCGGCUGCAGCCUGGGUCGCCCGAUCAACCUGGACAAGGACGACUACCAGCGGGUGCUCUGCAACAGUGAGAUCUGCCCGUACGGCAACUGGAUGCACCUGCAGUGUUUCUACGAGUGGGAGAGCUCCAUCCUGGUCCAGUUCAACUGCAUCGGCCGGGCCCGCUCCUGGAACGAGAAGCAGUGCCGGCAGAACAUGUGGACGAAGAAGGGCUACGACCUGGCCUUCAGGUUCUGCUCGUGCCGCUGCGGCCAGGGCCACCUGAAGAAAGACACCGACUGGUACCAGGUGAAGCGCGCGCACGACGAGCGCAAGAAGAAGCCAUCAGAGAGGAGCAUGGGGAGGAACGGGGCCAGCGGAGGAGCGGCGGUGCCAGGGGACGGCUUCUUUGAGGAGCCCAAGAAAAGCAAAACGCCGGGAGGAGCAGUGGGAGGAGGUAAACUCCUACACAGAGCUUCUAGUCAGGAUUUACCUCGCAGACAAUCAGUGGAUCGUCAGAACUCCACAGAGAGAGGAGCAGCAGGAGGUGCCUUUUGUCUGGGACCUCCUCAGAAGUCUCCCUGUGGCUCCCCGGGACAGUCUCCUCCAGCGGGUUUCCCUUUCUCUCCCACCGGUCCCCUCGGAAUGGGAGGCGGAGCAGCAGCAGCAGCAAUGCGAGGUUCCCGUCCGCUGGGGGAGUUCCUCAAAUCGGCCGUCCACAUGGACCCGCAGAGGAAGCACCUCCUGGUCGGGGGAGCUCUCAGUCGGGGUGGCAGCUGCUCGAUGGGAGCCUCGGGGGGUGCAUCCCACCUGGACCCCGGGUCUGUUCUCCCCCUGCCUCUCUCCUUCGCCCUCCCGCUCCACCAUCGCCUCACCUCCGGCAGUGUGGCCGACGGCACCCACUCCCACCCAGUGCAGUUCCUGAGGAGGCUGGACCUCUCGGAGCUCCUCACCCACAUCCCCCGACACAAACUCAACACCUACCAUGUCCGCAUGGAGGACGACGCCCAGGCAGGCCAGGGAGAAGAGCUGCGCAGGUUCAUCCUGUCAGCCCUCAGUGCGAGUCAGAGAAACGUGGUGAACUGUGCGCUGUGCCACAGAACGCUGCCCGUGUUCGAGCAGUUUCCUCUGGUGGACGGGACUCUGUUUCUCAGCCCUUCACGCCACGACGAGAUUGAGUACGACGUCCCCUGCCACCUUCAAGGCAGGUUAAUGCACCUGUACGCCAUCUGUGUGGACUGUUUAGAAGGCGUCCACAAGAUCGUCUGCAUCAAGUGCAAGUCACGCUGGGACGGCAGCUGGCAUCAACUGGGCACCAUGUACACCUACGAUAUACUGGCUGCUUCACCCUGCUGCCAGGCUCGCCUCAACUGUAAGCACUGCGGGAAGCCGGUGGUGGACGUCCGGGUCGGGAUGCAGUAUUUCUCAGAGUACAGCAACGUCCAGCAGUGCCCCCACUGUGGCAACCUGGACUAUCACUUUGUUAAACCCUUCUCCUCCUACAAAGUACUCGAAGCUUAUUGACAAAUGCUCCUCGUGCGUGCUAGUUACCGUAAGCUGCUUUUGUUCCAUUUUGUUUUCUAACACAAUCUAGGAAAAUAUUUUAUUUUGGGGGAAAAGGGGGGGGAGGGGGCUUCAGGUGCUUUUAUGUUUCCCAGUUCUCUCUCUUUGGAUUUUUUGUUUUGUAAUGUAUAGGAAAAGUAUGAUUCUAGUUAAAAAAAAAAAAAAAAAGAAGAAAAACAAACAAAAAAAAAAAAAGUUCCAAGACAGUAUCUCUUCUGUUAGAGACAGGUGUUGAUAAAAGUGUGGAAGUGACAUGUGAUGUCCAACCAACACGUUUAUCUGUGACGAUUGAAUGUAUCCGUACGCCAAAUUUGCUUUUAUUUUUUUUAUUUUUUACCAAAAAAACAUAAAGAUGAAUCUCGAAAUAAAGCAGAGAAAGAUAAGCGGU